AUGGAACUUGGCGAUACGUUGCCUACUACCGUUGCUGGUUCACUUAAAAAUAAUCGUAUGCGCAAAGAGCUGAGCAUUGACAUUCCAGUAGUCAUGGAAAAUGAUCUUAUGUGCCACGAGUCGAUCAUUGAUGUUUCACUAGCCACGGAGCCAGCUUGGUGGCCCGAGUGUUGCAUCUACAGGGCCCCCAAGAAUCUUCGCGAGGUAAAUAAAGAGGCCUACAGUCCAAAGCAAAUCUCAAUAGGCCCUUUUCACUAUGGUGGAAACGAAGCAAGAGACAAGGAUGGUGAAAGAGAACAAAGGGAAAUGGAAAAGCUGAAAAUGGGUUACUUAAAGAAAUUUUGUAAUCGAACUAGCAAAUCCCAGAAGGAAAUAGCAAGGAUCAUUGAAGAAAACGAAGAAAAGAUUCGCCGUUGUUACUCAGAGAGAUUUGAUAUUUGCCAUGAAGAUUUCGUGAAAAUGGUUCUAUUGGAUUCAACAUUUAUCAUUGAGCUCUUCUUGAGGAGUAAAAUGGAAAAAGAAGAUGAAAAUGAUUAUAUAUUAAGUAAACCAUGGCUAAAGCUAGGAAUAAGUCAUGACUUGAUAUUACUUGAGAAUCAGCUUCCAUUUUUUAUCCUAGAGGAGUUACACAAUCAAUUUUCCACGUCUGAAGAAAACAAUAAUAUUUCCUUUCGUGAGCUUGCAUUGAACUUUUUUCAGCUCACUGGCAAGAAAUUGCCUGAGAAGGAAAUAAAACAUUUCACUGAUUUGAACAGAUAUUUCUAUUGUAAUCCAUCUACCCUCAAAAGUGGAAAUGGCAGCAUUUCUCAUCUACAUAGUGCAACAGAGUUGUACGAGGCAGGAGUGAUAUUCAGAACAGCUGAAAAGGAAAUGUUACUUGACAUUCAAUUCCGAAACACGCCCCUGAAAAGAUGUCCAUGUUUCAAUUGCUCAUGGCUCUUAAAUUGCUUACCAUGCUUGAAGCGCUUUCCUUGCUUGGAAGCUACUCAAACUUUCCUGCAUGUUCCUCAGUUUUUGGUAGACGACAAAACUGAGAGCCUUUUUCGAAACCUCAUGGCCCUGGAGCAAUGUCAUUAUCCAUCUGAAGCUUAUAUAUGCAAUUAUAUAUGUCUCUUGGAUUAUCUUAUCAACACUAGAGAAGAUGUGGAGUUGCUCGUUGACAAAAAGAUUAUAAUUAACAUGUUAGGCAGCAAUGAAGCAAUUGCCACAAUGGUAAACAAACUUGGACUUGAAAUUGUGGAAACGGGUUCCUGUUAUUUUGAUCUCGCUAAAGAGCUUAACAAGCACUAUGACCAAUGUUGCAAUCAUAAUAUGGGAAACUUGAGAAGUACCUAUUUCCCCAAUCUUUGGAGAGGCACUGCAACUAUUAUUGGUCUUAUAGUCCUGGGGUUCACUCUUUGGAAUUUCAUAAGGCCUUACGUACGUCAUUAA